UUAGAUAAUUUAAACCUGAUCAAGGGGAAUCCUGGAUUGAUGUAAACAAUAGAGCAUAAUAAAUGCUUCAAUUGAUUAUUUAAAGAUGUAGUGAUUUGAAAUUAAAUAACAUUACAGUACUUCUAGUAACACAUGGAGGGUAUCAAUAACAGAAUAUUUAGAUUUAUUAUGGAAUUUAUGAAUUAGAUUAAUUACAUGAUCAAUAAGAAAUAACCAGUUUAUAAUAAUAAUGCUUUAAAUUGUUCAAUUACUAUUGUCAAAUACACACUUCCAAAAGGAGAAGUUAAAAUAGUUACGUAGAACGAUGCUACACAUAUUCAAAAGUUAUGA